UGGACAGUGUCAUAGGGUCUCGUGUCCUUGUUCUUCUUCGCUCACUCCUUCCUUUCUUUCACCUCGCUCGCCGCCGCCCUUGGCUCGUCCUCCUCGCGCUGGGAGGGUUUGUGGGAAUCGCUGCGGAGGCGCCGGGCUUGGCUGGAUCCAGCGCGCCGCUGGUCGGAUCUACACCACAGCGCCGCUCGCCGCUCGCCGCUCGCCGCCUCGCUUGGGUCCGCGAGAUUCCCCCCAGGUAGAUUCUGCGCGGCGGCGGGGAGAUCUAGAGUAGCGCAAGGGGAAGAAUGGCGCAAGAGAGCUGGAAGAGGGAGGAGGAGGCGGCGGGGUGCCAGCUCCCCGAGGGCCCGGUGCUGUGCGCCAACAAUUGCGGCUUCUUUGGCAGCGUGGCCACCAUGAAUUUGUGCUCCAAGUGCUACCGGGAGCAGUCGAGCAGCAAGGCGGCGGUGGUGUCGCCGGCGUCGCCCGCCACCGCCAUCGACAUCGCCGCGAUCAAGGGCCUCCAGGGCGCCGCCACCGCCACCGCCACCUCCACCGCCCAAUUCGAGCUCGCCAUUGCUGACGAGGCGACCGACCAUCUCCAGCUCCAGCCAAGCAAACACCACCACCACGGACACCUCGAGGAAACGAUGAUCACCACCACCACCACUACUGCUGCUGCUUGUGCUACUGCUACUCCAGCAGCGAAAGAAGAAGCUCUUGCCGCCAUAGCUACCAGUCGUACUUCUACCACCAUCGCCACCGGCGCCACCACCUUGGUAACCGAGGACGAUUCCUCGGCUUCCCAGGAGAAGCCGCGGCUGCCAAAUCGCUGCCUGGCUUGCCGGAAGCGCCUCGGCUUGACCGGAUUCAAGUGCCGCUGCGGGGACGUGUUUUGCUCCAUGCACAGGUACUCGGACAAGCACAAUUGCUCUUUUGAUUACAAGGCCGCGGGGCGCGAGGCCAUCGCCAAGGCGAAUCCCGUCGUCAAGGCCGACAAGAUUGAAAAGAUCUAAGCGAGCGAGCGAGCGAGCGAGCGAGCACAAGAUCAUCAGAGUUUCUAAGGUUGGUUCUUUUCAUCCAUCGUGUGGCCUUGUUCAUAACGAAGAAGAUCGAGCAGCGGAGAGGCAGCAAAAGAGAGAAAACAAAACAAAAAAAAAAUGUUGUGAGAGAAAGGAGGUGUUUCUCGAUCGAUCGAGCUCCACAGCUUGGAGCUCGAUCAAAUCUCUAUUGGUUUUUUCAAGGUUCUUUUUUCUUUUUUCUUUACUUCGCUUUCUUUCUCGCUCCUCGCCGCUAAAAGCCUCCUCUCGUUUUCUACUACGUGUGUUUUGGUGGUCCUUUUUUCCUUGGCUCUUUCCAUGUAGGAGGUGUUCUUGAGAGUUUUGUUUCUCCCCGCUAUGGUUGCGUUUUCGUCGUUCUUUCGGGAUCACAUAUGGCUGGUGGGUGUGCAAAUCAAUGUAGCUUGAUAAUUUAAUCAAAAACUAGGCCUAUAGUAGAA